GUCUCCGUAAAUAAAUUCCCCUCAUAAAAAGGUUAGGGCUCAACUCGAGGGGAAAAAACCAAAUCGGAAAAAAAGAAAAAAAAAAAAAAAAAAAAAAAUCAAUCCCCAAAUCCGCGUCGAGUCCCAGCUCCACUGUCAAUUCUCAAGACUUCUCGCGGGAAUUCCCCCUCCGCUUGCUGAACCCCAAAAAUUCUCGGCGAAUCUUUGUCCUCGAAUCUCUAGGGUUUCCUUAAUCCCAUAAAGUUCCAAUUUUUAAGAGUUUUAGUUAAACCCGCAUGCAAUCAGGCGGCAGGUCCCAUGGACGGGACCCGAGGACGCCUUCUUCUUCAUCGCCGUCGCCGUCGCCGUCUUCGUCUGCUGUCUCGAAUCAAUUAGGGUUUGAAUCGAGUCAGCAGCAGCAGCAGCUCAAUUUGAUGAAUCAGCAACAGUCACAGCAACAACAACUUCUAAGAAAACCUGAAGGAGAGAACCCUGUACCUUACAAAGUAGGUGGUGGUGCACAUGGGGUCGUUUCUGCGAGUAACUUUCCAACAUCUUCCAGUGCAAUAUCUGCCUCCAACGCAUUGAUGAAGUUUAACGAUUCACCUCAUCAACGUGGUGCUCGAUUUCAUGAGGACAAUCAGAAUAAAGGGCAUGGUCAAGACCGAAACUCGGUUUAUCAAGCUCACCUCCAAUUUGCUUUGGAAGCUACCCAACAACAGAAGUCCCACAGAAAUAUGCUUGUACAACAGCAAGGUAAACCUGUUACUUUUCAUGGUGAGAAGAUGGAGCAGGGGCAUGCUAGUAACUAUCAAAGAAAUGACCUGAAACCUCCUCAAAAUUUAAUUGCGCAACAAACACCAACAAGCAUGGUUAGGUCACUGCAAUCAGUACAAGCACAGGCAAGCAUGGAAAACACUUCUACCAGCCAGUUGCUGAUGGCACAGUUUCAAGCUUGGGCUAUGGAGCGUAAUAUUGACUUGUCUCUUCCAGGUAAUGCUUAUUUGAUUGCUCAGCUUCUGCCAAGGUGGCAAUCUUCUAGAUUGGCUGCAAUGCAGAAGCCAAAUGAGUCAGGUACCAUGGUACAACAAUUGGGUUUACCUUCGUCGAAGCAGCAGGUGUUGCCCUCAUCACUUGGAGGUGAAACUUCUACUCAAGGGAAUUGUGCGAAUGAUCUCUCUGGUCAGGCUGCCAAAGUGAAAAGUCAGCAAACACCUCCCAUUGGGUCAACAUUUACUGGUGGAGCUAUCCCUCCUAUGAGGAUCAACAACAUUCAAAUGCAGCAACAACUUUCAGUUCGCAACAGAGACAUUCAAAUUGAGAGGGUUGAUCAUACUUCAAUGCAUCCACCACAGUCUUCUGGUAGUCCAAGCCAUAGCUUAGAACAUUCAGGUACCAAAAAUAAACAUAGUGGGGCUGAAGCAGUGCCAAGUCAGCAUUUAAUGCUAUUGGAGCAAUUGAACCAACCACCACCACAACCUCCAGUUCCUUCAGGUGUAUCCCCGAUAACCCAUUCGUCAUCCCAGGGGGGACAAAUCCAAGGGCCGCAACAACACACUGGGUUUACUAAGCAGCAGUUUCAUGUUCUAAAAGCACAAAUAUUAGCAUUUAGGCGUCUCAAGCGUGGUGAAGGUGCUCUUCCUCAGGAAUUUCUUCAAGCCAUCAUACCACCACCACUUGAUAUGGAGACACAACAGGAGUUUCAUUCACCCGGGACAUCUACCAUUGAAAAAUCUGUUGGCAAAAUUGUUGAAGAGCAUGCAAAGCAUGUAAAUAUCAGCCAUACCACUCCUCAGCUUGCUCCGCCUGGCAAAGGACAUGUUUUUGCGAAGGAGGAGUCUGUUAGUGGAAAGGAAAAAGCAGCUGUGGUUAAUCACUUGCAAGGAUCAGCAAGUUUGACAAAGGAACCUCUAUCUGUAGCAAGUAGAGCAAACCCAGAACAAAAGGCUUCUGUUUCUGUUAAAGCUGAGCAGAACGCUGAACUUGAUGGUCAAUCAAAAUAUGCUAAAUCUGAUUAUAAUGUUAAUAAGGGGAAAAUGGUCCCAAUUCCUCAUUCAGCAACUGAUUCCGGACAAGUAAAUAAAUCAGGUUCUAACAGCAGUGCACUACCAUCAAGAGAUGUUCCUACCCAAAAAUUUCAUGGCCCGCUGUUUGAUUUUUCUUCCUUUACUAGUAAAGCUGAAACCUUUGCGAGCUCAAGUGGUCUAGCAUUAGCAUAUGAUUUAAAAGACCUACUAUAUGAGGAAGGCGUGCAAGUGCUUAACAAGAAAAGAACUGAGAAUCAGGAAAAAAUUAGUGGCUUACUUGCCAUUAACUUGGAGCGGAAAAGAAUUAGACCCGAUCUAUUUCUGAGACUGCAAAUUGAAGAAAAAAAGAUUAAUCUUUUAGAUCUUCAGACUCGUCUGAAGGAUGAGCUUGAUCAAUAUCAGCAGGAGAUAAUGGCAAUGCCUGACAAGCCAUACCGUAAAUUUGUUAGACAAUGUGAACGACAGCGAAUUGAACUCUCUAGACAAGUCCAGCAGCUACGGAAGGCCACAAGAGAAAAGCAAUUAAAGUCAAUCUUCCAGUGGCGCAAGAAGCUCUUAGAAGUUCACUGGGCCGUUCGUGAUGCACGAACAACCCGGAAUAGGGGAGUGGCUAAAUAUCACGAGAGAAUGUUGAGGGAGUUUUCCAAAAGAAAAGACGACCACAGAAAUAAAAGAAUGGAGGCAUUGAAGAAUAACGAUGUGGAUCGGUAUCGUGAAAUGUUGCUGGAACAACAGACCAAUGUACCUGGUGAUGCUUCUCAGCGCUAUGCUGUUCUUUCAUCUUUUUUAUCUCAAACAGAAGAGUAUCUCCACAAACUUGGUGGGAAAAUAACAGCGGCAAAGAAUCACCAAGAGGUGGAAGAAGCUGCAAAAGCUGCGGCAGCUGCUGCACUAUGUCAGGGCCUUUCAGAAGAAGAAGUGAAGGCUGCUGCAAUGUGUGCAGGAGACGAGGUCAUGAUAAGAAAUAGGUUCUCUGAAAUGAAUGCACCAAGAGAUAGCACAUCUGAUAAUAAGUAUUACAAUUUGGCACAUGCCGUGAAUGAAAGAGUUCUAAGACAGCCUUCAAUGUUACGGGCAGGAACUUUGAGGGACUAUCAGCUUGUUGGACUGCAGUGGAUGCUUUCCUUGUACAACAAUAAGUUGAAUGGGAUUUUGGCAGAUGAGAUGGGUCUAGGAAAGACCGUGCAGGUUAUGGCAUUGAUUGCUUAUUUGAUGGAGUUCAAAGGGAACUAUGGGCCCCAUCUUAUUAUAGUUCCCAAUGCGGUUUUAGUGAAUUGGAAGAGUGAGCUGCAUAAAUGGUUGCCAUCUGUACAUUGUAUUUUUUAUGUUGGUGCAAAGGAACAAAGAGCAAGAUUGUUCUCUCAUGAGGUUUCCGCCAUGAAGUUUAACAUACUUGUUACUACUUAUGAGUUUGUGAUGUAUGACCGCUCAAAGCUGUGUAAAAUUGAUUGGAAAUAUAUCAUUAUUGAUGAAGCUCAACGCAUGAAAGAUAGAGAAUCAGUUUUAGCUCGAGAUCUCGAUAGGUAUCAUUGUCAAAGAAGAUUGCUACUCACUGGCACACCUUUACAGAAUGAUUUGAAGGAGCUCUGGUCUCUCUUAAAUCUGCUUCUUCCUGAAGUAUUUGAUAACAAAAAGGCAUUUCAUGAUUGGUUCUCUAAGCCCUUUCAGAAGGAUGUACCUUCACAUGGUGAAGAAGAGGAUGACUGGCUUGAGACUGAAAAAAAAGUGAUCAUAAUCCACAGACUUCAUCAGAUUCUGGAGCCUUUCAUGCUAAGGCGGCGUGUUGAAGAUGUUGAAGGGUCACUCCCUCCAAAGGUCCCAAUUGUUCUAAGGUGCAGAAUGUCAGCAAUUCAGGGUGCCAUUUACGAUUGGAUUAAAUCUACUGGUACCAUUAAAGUGGAUCCUGAAGACGAGUUGCGCAGGGCACAGAAAAAUCCAACGUACCAGGUCAAAACAUAUAAAAAUCUGAAUAAUAGAUGCAUGGAGUUGCGGAAGGCCUGUAAUCAUCCAUUGCUUAACUACCCUUAUUUUAAUGAUUAUUCAAUAGACUUCCUUGUUCGAUCUUGCGGGAAGCUUUGGAUCCUUGAUAGGAUUCUUAUAAAACUUCACAGAGCAGGACAUCGUGUUCUUCUUUUUAGUACCAUGACGAAGCUCCUUGAUAUACUAGAAGAAUACUUGCAAUGGCGUCGGCUGGUUUAUAGACGAAUUGAUGGUACAACCAGCCUAGAAGAUCGUGAGUCUGCAAUUGUUGAUUUCAAUAGCCCAGAUUCCGACUGUUUUAUAUUCUUGCUUAGUAUUCGUGCUGCUGGUAGAGGCUUGAAUCUCCAGACUGCAGAUACCGUUGUCAUAUAUGAUCCUGAUCCAAACCCUCAAAACGAAGAGCAAGCUGUAGCUAGGGCUCAUCGCAUUGGACAGACAAGAGAGGUGAAAGUGAUAUAUAUGGAAGCUGUUGUUGACAAAUAUUCUAGUUAUCAGAAAGAAGACAACUUGAGGACUGGAGGUUCAGAAGAGCUGGAGGAGGAUCUUGCUGGUAAAGAUCGGUAUAUGGGCUCCAUUGAGAGCCUUAUUCGUAGCAACAUUCAACAAUAUAAGAUUGAGAUGGCUGAUGAAGUGAUAAAUGCUGGUCGCUUUGACCAAAGAACAACCCAUGAAGAGAGGAGAAUGACUUUGGAGACACUCUUACAUGAUGAAGAGAGAUACCAAGAAACCGUGCAUGAUGUACCUUCUUUAGAGGAGGUCAACCGUAUGAUUGCUCGUAAUGAAGAAGAGAUUGAGCUUUUUGAUCAAAUGGAUGAGGAGUUUGAUUGGACUGAGGAGAUGAUAACCCACAAUCAAGUUCCAAAGUGGCUCCGUGCUGGUUCUAGAGAAUUGGAUCUUGCUGUUGCUAAGUUAUCUAAGAAGCCAUCAAAGAAUGUACUUGAUAGUAGUAUAGAACUGGAAGCAAAUGGGAUAUCUCCUAACAAGGCUGAAAGGAGGGGACGAAGGGCUGCCCAAAAGAAUUCUAUCUACAGAGAAUUGGAUGAGGAUGAUUUUGAAGAUUCUGAAUCCAGCUCAGUUGAGGGAAAUGCAUCUUCUUUGCAGGAGGAAGAGAGAGAAGUAGGAGAAUCUGAAGAUGACCUCAUUUGUGCUGUCGACAUGCAACCUGGUAAUGAUGAUCAACUGGAAGAAGGUCUUGUUUGUGUUAGUGGUGGCCGUGAGUUCUCUCAUGCAAUGGUAGGCAACAGAAAUGCACACCAGUUUGAGGAAGCUGCUGUUCGAGGGUCUUCUUCUGGAGCUCGAAGAGUAAAUCAGUCUGCUACACCUUCCAUCAUGUCAUCACGGAAGUUUGGUUCUCUUUCUGCUUUAGAUGCCAAGCCAAAUCGUCGCUCAAAAGGAAUCGAUGAUGAACUAGAAGAAGGGCAAAUCGCCGCAUCUAGUGACUCUUAUAUGGAUCAUCAACUACCAGGAAGUUGGAAUCAUGAAUGCAAUAAUGGCGAUGAUGAACAGGUUCUCCAACCAAAGAUAAAGCGUAAAAGAAGUAUGCGGAUUCGCCCAAAACUUAAUAUAGAAAGACUGGAAGAAAAAUUCAUAAAUGAGAGAGGAUCCUUGCAUUGUGGAUCACAGUUAGCCAUACAGGUCGACCUUGACUCUGAUAUGCAAUCAAGGAAUGAUCCGGAAUUUGAUGAGCUCAGCAAGCCUGGUUUAGAGAGACAUGAUUUAUCUAACACCUUGUUAAAUAGAAGACAUGAUUUUCCUUCAAGGAGUUCACACAUCAAUAUACAAAAAUCCAGCAGGUUGAGAGAAGAUGCCAUGAAUAAUUCUAGGGAAAUUUGGAAUUCCAAGAUCAUUUAUACUGAUGGCACUAGCUCAACAGGAUCAAAAAUGUCAGAUGGUAACCAGAGGAAGUGCAAGAACGUUAUUAGUAAGCUGAAAAGGAAAAUAAGCAAAGAUGGGUAUCAAACUGUACCUGUUCUAUAUGACUUGUGGAAGAGAAAUGAAAGCUCUAGUCUGGCCAGCCCUUCUGUGACAGAGAACAACCCUUUAGAUUUGCGUAGGAUCAACCAUUGUCUGGACAAUUUAGAAUAUAGUGAUCUGACAGACUUUAUAGCUGACGUUCAGUUGAUGUUGAGAAAUGUGGUUCAGUACUGCAAUUACUCGUACGAGGUGAAGCAUGAAGCAAGAAAAUUUCAUGAUAUCUUCUUUGAUAUCAUGAAGAUAGCCUUUCCUGAUACGGAUCUCAGAGACUCCAGAAAUUCGUUUACUUUUCCAACCUGCGGAGGAUCUCCAUCUGUUGCUGCUACUACCAACCAAAGCAAGCGCCAGAGAACAAUCAUCGACUUGGAGCCAAGCCCAGCCACUGCCAAGCCUAAUACCCGUGCCUCUGCGACUCCUGAUGAAGAAGAAAGAAUAACCCGGACUCAUGCCUCCAAGUUGAAUAAUGAGAGCCCCCUGGCCCAUCCUGGUGAUCUUGUUAUUUGCAAGAAGAGGAGGCAAGAUAGGAGGGUGGGGCCAGCAUCUCCUUCCAGCCAAGGCCGAGCAUCCCCGUUAAGUAGGGGUACAGGUCAGCAGACGACAAGGUGGGCCCAGCAGCAGGGCAGUGGAGGAGCUGGUGGGCUUUCACCAGGUGUGAAAGCGGAGGCCCAAUGGGCCAAGCCUGUAAAGAGAAUGAGAACAGACACCGGUAAAAGGAGGCAUGGUCAUAUGUGAUACAAUUUCAUAUAAUGUAUGUAUGUGUAUACCGUAAUGUGACAGUAUAGUUGCUAGUGCUUAGAAACUUAGAAUCCAAUUAAAGCUUAUGCUAGGAUGGGCUUUGCAAAUGAAUGCAUCUUUUCUCCAU